AUGCACUUCUUGGCCAGCGUGGUCUUCCCGACGUCACAGUAUGACCACCUCUCUCUCCAGCUCUGGGCGGAUCUCUGCUUGGUGUUCAGUUCAAACAAGAGCCUGUGCUUCUUGGAUGUGAGCCAAAGCUUCUUGAGUUCCUCCUCCGUGAGGAUUCUUUGUGAGCGAAUAACCCGUGUCACCUGUCAUCUCCAGAAAGUGGUGAUCAAAAAGGUCUCCCCUGCCGAUGCUUAUCGGAACUUGUGUCUAGCUGUCAUUGGUAAGAAGACUCUGACCUACCUGGUCCUGGAAGGUGGUGGCCACAGUGACAAGCUGCUGCUGCUGUUGUGUGAGCCACUGAAACAUUCCAGAUGUAACCUGCAGUAUCUGAGGCUGGGAUCCUGUUCUGACACCACUCAGCAGUGGGCUUAUUUCUUCUCAGCCCUUGAAGUCAACCAGUCCGUCACAUGCCUGAACCUCACAGCAAAUGAGCUCCUGGAUGAGAGUGCCAGGUUGCUGUGCAAGACUCUGAGACACCCCAAGUGCAUCCUGCAGAGGCUGUCGUUAGAAAACUGUCAUCUUACAGAAGCCUGUUGCGAGGAGCUCUCUUCUGCUUUGAUCGUCAACCAGGCGCUGACGUACCUGCGCUUGGCCAACAACAACCUUGGGGAUGGUGGGGUGAAACUUUUAUGGUGGGGGUCUGAGUCACCCUGUCAACUACAGAACCUGGUUUAAGUCUGUGUGUUAUCACGUUGCAACAUAACCAGACGUGGCCGUAGACACCUCUCAAAGCUGCUCCAGGAAGACUCCAGCUUAACAAACUUGCAUCUGGGGUUCAGCCCCAUAGCUACUGGAUCGUGGUAUCUCUGCGAGGCCUUGAAGAAGCCAAAUUGUAACCCAAGAUGUCUCGGGCUCUGUGGCUGCUCCAUCACCCCCUCCUGUUGUCAGGGUCUUGCACUGGUGGUAGUCAGCGCCCAGAGGCUGGAAACUCUGGACCUGAGCUGGAAUACCUUGGGGCAGAGCGGAAUAAUGAUGCUCUUUGAGGCUUUAAAACAGAAUAACGGCCCCUUAAAGAUACUCAGGUUGGAGAUGGAUGAAUCUAGCAUGGAAGUCCAGAAGCUACCGAAGGAUGUAAAAGACAGCAAUCCAAAUCUGACAAUCGAAAGAACGCUGAGUCCCAGCGGAGGAUGCCGGCGUCGGAGGGUCAGUCCCAUCCCCAACCGCACGCUUUGUUGA